UUUGACAUCAAUAAAUUCAGGAGUGAAUCUGGCGGAAACGGUGCCUGUAGUGCGUGCGUGUUGAGACUAAAUUUUCUUUGUCCAAAUUAGGAUUUUAAUUUAAAUUAGUGAAAAAAUGUCCAUUGCAGCUUUGAUACAAGCGGCAGAAUAUCUAGAACGACGAGAAAGAGAAGCAGAACAUGGAUAUGCGUCAACUUUGCCAAUACCGAACGAUCUCAGAAGCUUUAGUAAAAGGCCGAAAACGAAAAAGACGCCUGGAAGCAGGACAACUCAUAAUGAAUUGGAAAAAAACAGGCGAGCGCACCUGCGGAAUUGUUUAGAAAAACUUAAGGAAAUGGUACCUCUGGGCCAUGAAGCCUCGAGGCAUACCACGUUAGGACUUUUAACUAAGGCGAAAAGAUUUAUUAAAAACUUAGAAAGUCAAGAUCGAAAGCAUUCGAUCCAUAAAGAGCACCUGAAUCGUGAGCAAAGAUACCUGCGGCGGCGCCUGGAGCAGCUGGGCGCUUCCCUCAACACCACUAAGCGCCGUUCUGUCUCAGAAUGUUCUGUUUCGUCCACUCUGUCUUGUACAAAUUCCUCUCAAUCUUCCUCUUCCGCAUCUCCUUCAUCCAUCUCAGAAUCAGAUGAAGUGGAUCAUAUUCUAACGCCAGGUUUGUUUACAGAUGAAGUUGAUGUCAUCGGGUACACUAGUAACCAGAGUGAUACCGACGACCAUAGCAGCAUUCAAUCUACGUCAAGUGACAGCGGCGUUGCAAUUUCCACCUCUCGCCUCACGCUGUCCGAGAUGGAAGUCAUCUAGGUGCUUGUGACUGGAAAGCGGAGGAUCUGGCCCCAAGUUACUUAUCAGCGAGACCCAACAUGUAUGCUGAUCUAGUCACCAGCCUGCACCUCUGUACAUAUAUAUAUAUUUAUAAAUAUAUUUGUAUUCGACCAGUUCUCCCCUUCCUACACACCCUGUCCCAAACGAAAUCCCACUGAAUGGACCUCGAUUCUUUGAGGGGAGGAAUUAUAAUUGGAAACUCAUUGAUCCGUUCUCAUUAUCAAUUUGAUGAUCAGUAUUCAACAACUGAAAAAAUUACCUAACCGUAGCCCAGUGGCCAAAUCACAAAGUGGGCCACGAUUUAAUCUAUUUCUUUAUUUUUUUUCUUCACCGUACCCUCUUUAUCGAUCUUGCUUUUGUGAUAAGUAAAAAUGUUCGCUGCUACUUAAAAUUGGAAAGAGAAUGUUAUGUUUAUUUAUUUAAAUUUAUAAUUUAUUUAUUUAUUUAUUUUAUUAUUUUGUUUCUUUCAUAAAUAAUCUGUUAUUGCUUUUUUAUGUAUUGUCGUUUGUUUUCUUUUUUUUUUAUAAUUUUUUUUUCAAGGUAAGGAAAAUUAUGAAUUGUUCUAAUGGAAAAUUUUAUUGUGACCCAACCAAAAUUGUGAGAAGUUGAGAAACCGUGUGGACAUUCUACCUCUGUAUUACCUAUCAUGAUAGUUAUUUUUUGAAAUUUUAAAUACGUCUUUAUCUGUUGUAUAGUAAGAGCACAAAUUUUAUGUUCCAUGCCUCUGACAAAAUCUUACUCUAAUUUUGUAGAAGUAAUGUAUUAUUUUAGAAUUUUUGCCCCUGUUCUAAAUUCAAGAUUAUCAGAGUUUUAUUAAUUUCGGUAUGAGACUGUAUGUAGAUAAGUAAAGGUUUUCAUGUUUGAGAAUACCGUUUAUCACCGUUCCUGUAAGUUUCCCUCUAAAGCAGAGAACUUGGAGGAAAAGUGACGUGUAAAAUUUAUUUCUUCUUCUUUUUUUUCUCUUUUUUUUGACUUGAAAAUUUUAUUAAAGAUUUUUAUAGAAAACUAAUCAAUUGGUUGUUGAUAAAGUUAUUCAUCGCUUUUUUAAUAGAAAUUCCUCUAAUGAUGAACACUGAUAAUAUUAGGAUUUUUUAAAAACUGAUUGAUAAAUCUCAGCAUUUUUUAUAGUGGUUAAUGGUCUAUUUUUAAAAAUUAACCAGCGACCCCCACGAUCCUCUGUACAAGGGGUACAAUAUUUUGUUGACUGAAAGAGGAAAACAAUGCUGAGAAAUUUACCUCAGCCAGAACGAUGUUAAGCCCUUCAACCACACUACAUUAUCAUUUUGGAAGGAAUUCUAAAUUUUUUUCUUAUGUGAUCAGUUUUAGUCCUUCAUUCCUAAGUAAUAAAAUCAGUUGAUUAGUUUCCAAGAGUACAUGUAUAAUAAAUUAUUUAUUAAACCUUUGAUGUUGGUUAAAUAAUGCAAAAUAUUACUUAUAAACUUUUAUGAUCAAAUUUUAUUUAUUUUAUGUUAUCACAUUAUAAGAUUGAUUUGAUACUAUUAGGUAGUAAGAAGUUUUUAUCUAAAUUUAAGUUGAUGAUAGUCAUCUGAGUUAUGAAAAUUGUACAGUAUAUCCAAAGAUUUAUAAGCAGUAUGAACUGUCACAUCGAUAUCGAGCCUAGCGAUGAAGCGUGAGGGAACGAGAUGCCUCUAAAAACAUCUAUAAUGCCAGAAUUAUAAUUUUUUUUUCCUCCCUUUUCGAGUGUUGAAUACUGAUCCUCAACGAUAGUUUCAUAAUUGUUCUUCAUUCAUCUCGAGAUGAAGUUUUUGGCGGUGGUUUGACAAAUUUAUUCGAAAUUCAAUUGGUUUUGGAAACUUAUCGGUCGUGUAAGACAGAUCUCUGACAGACAAAAAUCUGUUUCCCCCAAGUCUCUGCAUGACAGAUGGAAAUUCAAAAGAAAAUGGAAGGGAUAUACCAUCGUAAAGAAAGGUGUAUUGUAUGUGAGCUCAACAAUGCACUUCAAGAUUCAAGAAGGAUGGAAGUAAGUUUGUCAAACUAUUGGACGAAUCAGCAAGAAGCGAAGACAGAAGCGAGCGUUUGUACAAUGAAUAUUAUUUUUGCUUGCGUUUCCUAACCAUUUUUACAUUGUCAGUAAUUCCUUCUCCAUACUUUCCUGCAAAAUGAUACCUGUCAAUUGAAGCCAAUUAGUACGAAUACUUCAAAUGUUACGCUGAUUGUGGCCGCCGAACGCAAAAUAUCAAAACCAUUAAAACCAUAGUUUUUUUCUAAUCUGUCCUGUUCACGAAAGAAUGAACUUCAUUUCUCAAUUUGGUAGUUCCAAAUUUUCAGUGCAAAGAUUAUUAAUAAUAUCAAUAAGAAUGUCGUAGAUAUUUAUUGAAAAUUUGCAAGUUAACAGUUCUUAGUAACUCAAAAUGGUCACUUUGUAUUGACAAAAAUUGUGCCCUUUUAUGAUGUUAAUUUAUAUUCCUCUCAGUGUAAUUGUGUUGUAUCAAAGUCUCUUUUAUGUCCUGUAUUUUUCCACACAUAUUUUUUUGUAGACCUAAGGGUCCCCUUUGCAUCACACUAAGAACUGUUAACCGGCUUAUUUUUCUGAAUGCCCCUGUAAAAAUUUAUCAGAGGGAAAUUAGAACUUCUGAGGCGUGAGAAAAAUAGCUCUGUUAUAAUUUAACACUCUUGUAGUGACUCCAUUCAUCUUACUCCUGUCAAGAUCCUGUCAAUUAAAUUAUUUUAAUCGGAGCGUAUGUCGAUUCGAAAAGUUGCUGAUCGGACUGCAUCUGGAGCUUCUUUAGGAAACUUGAAGUAUUCUUUUCUCCCUCUGUAAAAUUUAACUUCACUAAAUGUUCUACAAAGUUAGUUACAGUCUGCUCGCUUUGCGACAGUUUAAACCGUAUUAUUUUCUCUUCUUAAUAACCAGCCCAUGGAAGUAAAGCGCAAUACAUUGCACUUGUUUUAGUCAAAUUUACCUCUUUGCCUUUCUUGUCAAGUGGUCCAGUCCAAUCAAAACGAUCACAACUUUUCGCCAGGCUGUAAUAAAAGCAAAUACAUUCAAUGAGAUGAUAGUUUGUAAUUAGGAGAAUUCAUCUCGUUUGAUGAAUGUUUAACUGAAAUCUCUGAAGAGCUUUUUCAACAUUCUGUCGUUUGAAUCAAUUAUUAAUUGUUGUUCUGUUUUUUUUUUUUUUUUCUUUUUACCACUUCAAAUACCACACAAGUGGUAAUCCUUGCGCUUCCAGUUACAGCCCCUCCCCCCUCCGUCCCUACCAUGUACCAGCCCAAGGCAACUGUUGUUUGAGACCGUCAAACUCGGGUCGCCUAGCCAGGAAUCGAACCUGGGACCUCCUGAUUGUAGAGCCAGUGCACCCACUACACCACAAGAGGCCGACCCGAAAAAAUUGAACCUGAAAAAAAAAAGAUUGUUAAAAAAAUGUCAAUUGUUUAAAAAUUGAACCUGAGAUAAUUUGUGGAAUGACUCAGAAAUUGAGUUAGAAUUAAUUUUAACAAAUGCCGGGUGGUGAUUAUUUCAACUAAAUACCUAAUCUGUUAAUCACAAUAUUAUUAUUAUUUGUUCCAAGUCUUUCGGCAUAAAGUAAGUGACUCGUAUUGGACUGGGCCUUGACACCAUAGCUAAUUAACGCUAGAGUAUGCGCUGAUUUACUUGUGAUGAUUCUUUCCGUAGUGCUAAGCCAUAUGGAGAAGAAAUUGUUGUGGAAAAAAAUGAAUGAAACUAACAAAAGACAUCGGGUGACCACCCGAUCGAUAUAUCAAUAAACUUUCUGUGUUAAAACUAGAAAACCAAAAAAAAAAAAUUAAAAAUUUAAAAAUAACCCAAAAAAAACUUAAAGUGUAAAGUAGAAAAAAAAAUUAAAAGCUUUAAAAUUAAAAAAAAAAAAAAUAAAAUAAAAUGGAUGAAAGAAUACAUACUGAAGUAUGUAGUUUGUAUUUAUACUUGCUUAGAAUCUUAAUAAGCUUCUAAAUGAGAAAAAUGCAAAAAAAAAAAAAAAAUAAAUAAAUAAAUAAAUAAAAUAAAAUAAACCAGAAAAAAAAUUUAAACAAAAUAGCAGAAGUAAACGUAAAAACCAAAAAUUUAGGAUACAGAAAAGAAAUAUUAUGUGAAAAUAAUUUUAUUGUCUAAUGACGAUCCUGAAUGAUAUAAGGAGAUGAAAAUAGUGUAAAGCAAUUUAAAAAAUUGACACAUGUUGAUCUAUUCGUUUAUAGAUUUGAAUGUAUUUAUUGACUAAACCAGUCUGUUAUCAAGAUGUAAGAAACGAUAUUGGUCAUUUACACUGUAAAUAAAAAGAUGCAAGUAUGCGUUGAUGAAUGCGUACAAGCGAAGUCGUAUGUGUACAUAUAAAUGAAUCUAUAUUUAUUGAAAUUUCUCCAUGUAUUAUAAUGAUAUAUGUACAUGUGUGUUUAUGGAUGAACUCUCACAUUCAUAUUUACAUAUUUAUAAACCUUUGAACAUUGUCUAUAUAUUUCUUUUUUUUUUUUUUAAUUUUUUUCGUAUUCCAUCGGCUCAGAAUAGCUGAGCCGUCUUGUGUAAAAUUUGUUUGAUAAAAGUUUCUGUAUAAAUUAUCGAUGUGUGUACAUGAAGUCCAUUGAUACAUGCACGAAGGAAUGCACUCAUGUAUUAGUCUGCAUGCAAGGAUGUAUGUAUUUAUGAAGUUUUUCCCUGUCAACUCCUCCAAAUUUCCAUCAUUCAAUGUUCUUAGUCUGUUUUGUGAGAAAUCUGUCGUACCGCCUGUUGCCAAAUUAAACUUUCUUGAUUUGUGUAAGUAGCUUAGGAGGUUAUUGAUCCAGUGUGGCAAGUUAAAAGCUCCAAAUUCAGAUAGCAUCAAUGGAAAUUCAUCCUUGUAUUCUUUUAUUCUCACAGCUGCGACCGAUUAUUGAAAUUUUGCCCAUGGAUAGGAUGUGAUGAGAUAAAGCUGAAAUUUGUGAUGGAUUAGUCGGUUGCCUCACUUUCCUUUUCUUUUAUCGGGUGGGAUAAUGGAUCGGUUCUCAAUCACUAAAGCAGGUCUGAUAGCUUGUCGAUUAUCCAACUUGAUAAAGAGGAAACAGAAAAAUUGGAUGGGGUAACCAAUCAGUCAACUAACUCUAUUUCAGUUGAGUCCUAUCAGAGGCGUUCGAUCAGGAAAGACAAAAUUUCAAUAACGAUCAUGCUACUAUCGAACAUGCACAAGAUGAUAACAAAGUGAUGUAAAUGAUAGAUCAGGAGUUGAACAAUAAGAGUUUGGCCGCCACUAAAUUAUUUUGAUCAGUUUUAAGUUGCUCGUAAGAGAUGCUGUUAUGGGUUUAUUGAUCACAUGAACAUUAUCCAGUAUCGUAACAUUCUUCCACGGCCGCUCUUUACACUUAAUUGAUCAUCUAAAACACAUCGGUUGAUGAUAAAUACGUCCAAGUGCAGUCCUCUUAGCUCUAAACAGCAGAUCUUGGUACUUGUAAUCGACCUCAAAUUAUCUCAAGCUUUUAAAAAAACGGAGGCCGCAACGUAUUCUUUAAUCCUCCAACCAUGGCAGAAUAUAUUGGUUCCUGAAGUUGAACCAAAAUGGAUCGGAUCAGCAUGAUUUUCUUAGAAAUUUAAGAUCUGUUUUGUUAGUAGAAUGCUAAUGAUGAAAGAAAUGUACAACAUAGUUUAAUCAAGAGCCUGGAAAUCAAUAUAAGCUGGUAAAUCUGUUUCACGUAGCCAAAUUUUUGGAACUGAUGGUGACAACAGUAACAUCAUGGUUUUAAUUUUUUUUAAAUUCAUUUCUUCGUAAAGCUAGUGAAGAAUCCUUGGAUGUUAUGUGCUCUUUUUCAAAAUUUUAGCCUCAUUUAUAAACUUAUCAAUUUUUUGUUCAAUGUUACGUACCUAAAUUUUACAACCUAGCCUUAUCUUUCAUCCAAUGUAAUUUGAAUUGCUGUUUGUUCUCGGCACUUUGAACCCAUUUGAGACCUCUCUUAAUGCUUAAGUAAACUGAUUAACAGAGACACAUGAACGCAGAGCUGUCGCAAGCCUUCAUGGAGGCUACUUGACAUCACGAAACAGGCUCAUUUCAUUGCAAGACCUAACUUGCAAACCUGCAAGUCAAUUAGCGCAAGGUGAAAUAUUACUGUCAAAUGAAAGAGUUGUAACAAAACCUAUUGUGAAAAAUUUAGUUCUCUUAGAGUACCUACCUACUUUCUGUCCAUGUAACAAUGUUCAAAAAAAAAAAACGAAAAGAAAAAGAAAAAAAAAUAGAUUUAUAACAAUUUCAA